AUUGUGCUAUUUCCCGCUUUUCAGAACAGUAUAGAAGCGUAAUGGAACAUUCGAUGAAUACAAAUAAUGUAUUGUGCAUUUUUCUGUUUGUUUUCUCAAAAUCUGUCUGGGUUCUCUACGACUUUUCUUGAUAUGCUUGAGGUAGUUCUAACGCUCGAGUAAAAAUGUGCCUUAGAAAAAUGUUGCAUUAGAUUGUAAAACUUUUGUGCCGAGGAAUUUUCUACUCUUUGUGAAUAUGUACGUUGUAUUCAAAGAUUUUUAGUGAAGUGCAGUGAAAUUCAGUACAGUACUAAGUGUCAGAAACAACAGACUAGAAUACAGUUAGCAUGCAUUGUACUGUUUGUUCGAAAAAAUAAGUGGUUGUGAAUGUGAAAUCAGCACUAAUACCAUAGGAAUUUAAGGUUAGAUACGCGUUGCAAGUUGUACAUUGCAUUGUUCUAGUAUUCUCUAGUAAAGUGUUCAAGCAAAUGAUUGAAACCAGAAAACAUUUACUACGCAGGUAGCUGAAGAACAUUCUUCUUCCAUCAUUCUAACAGCAAAUACCCUUCAGUGUAUACUUUAGAUACAGCCUGACAUUACCCGCGUGAUAUGUUUCUGCUUUGGUUGCUGCAACAAAUAUAAACAUGGCAGAUCAAGAUUAUGAUAUGGGUCCAGCUACAGAAAUGAUGAUAAAUGAUUUUGAUGAUGAACGGACUUUAGAUGAAGAAGAAGCUUUAGAAGGUAGUGAAGACUCUCACAACGAGUUGUCCAACUUGCAAAAGGAAGGUGAUAUGCCACUAAAAGACCUACUUGCGAUGUAUGGAUACGGGGAUCCAUCGACGGAAAAUUCAAACAGUUCAGACCGAAUGCUAAUUCCAUCGGGAAGCGGCGACCCAGAGAUUGAAGGACAAUAUUCCGAUAAGGGAGAUAACGACGCUGAUGAUGAUGAAGAUGACGAUGAAGCGGAUGGAACUAGUAACGAGCCAGAUCUUAAGCAAUUUUAUACAGAGAUGUUGGUGAAAGGAAAGGACUCGUCGUCAUUGGUGUCAGGAUCAACGAUGAAAGGAAGCAGCACUAGCAAUGUAGAUACUGGAGACAGUAGCAGACGACAUCGAAUUCAUGAUGAUGAUGAAGAUGAUGAAGAAGGUGAAGGAGAAGAAUGUUCUAUGAUCGACGGUUGUAGUAACAAUGAAAACACAAGAACAGCUUCAACUACUACCGCUAACUGUGCUGGUAUAACUGCACUUGCCAGCUGUACAAACGAUAAUACAGCAGGUGGCAUAGAAGGUAGUGUUAGUAGUGGAAUGGUUGAUGGAGGAGAAGAUGGAAUAGUUAGCGGUGGCACACUCGGUAGUGGCACAUCAAGAUUAUUGCGAAGCGUAUCGCGGCCGCAAAGCGAAGAGGAAGAAGAUGAUUGUGAUUAUAGUCCAGAUGAAGAGGAAUGGAAGAAGACAAUCAUGGUUGGUAUUAAUUACCAAGCGGCCAUACCAGAAGGUCUUUGUCAUUACGACGAUGCUUUACCUUAUGAAAAUGAGGACAAAAUGUUAUGGGAUCCCAGUCACAUACCUGAAGAAGAAACUGAAGAGUUCUUGGAGCGGGCGCAGUUACCAGCGGUAAAAGGUGGUUCUCUGCCUACUGGGUCUCAUAUUAGAGACGACGAGCAAGCUUUAUAUCUGUUGUUACAAUGUGGCUACAAUCUUGAGGAGGCAUUAAGAAGACGAAGAAUGAACGUCGUGCCGCCAACGGAUGCAGUUAGUCUUUGGUCGGAAGAAGAGUGUCAUAAUUUCGAAUCGGGACUACGGAGUUACGGGAAAGAUUUCCAUCUUAUACAGAAGAACAAGGUUAGAACGCGAUCUGUUGGGGAAUUGGUGCAAUUUUAUUAUCUUUGGAAGAAAACGGAGCGACACGAUAUAUUUACAUACAAGGCGCGGUUAGAAAAGAAGAAAUACGCUUUGCAUCCUGGUAUCACCAGGGACUAUAUGGACCGAUUUCUGGAAGAACAAGAGGGUGUUCGCGAUCGUAGCAGCUCACCGAAUGUUCAUUGCUUAUUGUAUGGUGAUGCAAAACGGCAAAGGUCAACCGUUAAUGCCCCAAACAAUGACGAAACAAAGCCGACGGAACCUUGGGAUGGUACCGCAAUUGAUCCUUUAGCUGAUUUGAAUGGACCAACGCCAGCGCCGCCACCACCUCCUCCUCCACCUCCACCACCACCGGUGUCAACCGCUGUGAUUGUAUCAUCCUCAGGUUCUAUUUCAACUACGUUGUCUACAUCUAUAUAUUGUACCACAUCGAGUCAUCAUUCCGAUUGUUCACCGUCCGAUUCUAGCUACACUAAUCCACAUACAUGGUCAAACUUGACAUCUCGAGGUCACUCUACCUCUUCCAUUGUAACGACAAUUACAAUAAAUGCCACUACAACUAGCACCGUCCCGUUGGUUACAGCCGUUGGAGUCACAAGCACAGUUACGAGUAAUUCUACCAUCACCUCAGCCGCAUCUAACAGUUUUUAUCAUUCGAGAGUGACGUCGAGAGCCAACGAUGUGCACGAUUCACCCUCGCCGGAAAACAUCUUACCUCAUUUGCCCCCUUAGCGUCGAACACAACUUUCAGGUUUUCAACCUGGAAGACGUCAAAUGUCUUGGUGCGAUGUGAUACAUUUAACACUCGCGUUAUUACUAUCGUCGUAACAUAUAACAUUCGUUAAUAUCAUGAAUUAUAUUUUUAUACUGUAUCGUAUAAAUAUGACUAUCGAUCUAUGUAGCGGAAACAAAACAAAGAAAAUGUUUCUCGCGAAAUUGAAAUAAAAUAAUAGCUAGAAUAAGUAAACCGGAAAGAAUAAUUGAAAUAGGAUAAGUGGCACGUGAACACGAAUUACUGUAGCUUUUUCCAUUUUCUGCUUUCUACUUUCCGACAACUAUUUCCGUAGAUCAAGUUUUACGAAGAGAUAUUAGUUUAAAAUGUCAAAAUGAUCCGCAUUUUCAGAUCUAUAACUAAUUAAGCGUUAUCAAUAUGAUGAAUGAUCACUUGAUUGUAUCGUUGUUCUAAGCACGUGUCUAAUUCCUGGUAUUAUUAAGUGUACAAAAAUGCGAUUUAUAAAUUUGACGAAACAUAAGAUCUUGAUGAUAUGGUGAAAUAGUUAAAUUAAAUGAAAUUCGAUGUA